AUGAUAGGGACUCAAUCGCUCCCUCCUCCCUCUCUACCUCAGCUUGUCGCUGAGCAGAACAUGCCGAUCCCUCCGACAGACAAGGACACGCAGCGCCUGAUUGUCGUGCUGUCCAAUGCCAGCCUAGAGACGUACAAGGCUGCCCACGGUGGCUCCAGCCGCUCGGGCAUGCACCGCGAGGAUAAGUACUCUCUGCUCAACAGCGAUGAACACAUCGGCGUGCUGCGCAAGAUGAACCGCGACAUCAGCGAUGCUCGACCGGACAUUACGCAUCAGUGCCUGUUGACGCUGCUCGACUCUCCCAUCAACAAGGCUGGAAGGCUCCAAAUCUACAUUCACACAGCAAAGGGCGUACUGAUUGAGGUGUCGCCCUCAGUCCGCAUUCCGCGAACGUUCAAGCGCUUCGCCGGUCUGAUGGUGCAGCUCCUGCACAGGCUGUCCAUCCGGUCUACCAACUCGAACGAGAAGCUACUGCGCGUGAUCCAGAACCCCAUUACUGACCACCUCCCCCCUAACUGCCGCAAGGUAACGCUGAGUUUCGAUGCGCCCCUCGUCAAGUGUCGCGACUUCAUCGAGACCCUGGAGCCCAAGGAAAGUAUCUGCGUCUUUGUCGGUGCCAUGGCGAAAGGCAACGACACCUUUGCCGAUGCUCUCGUCGAUGAGAAAAUUGCCAUCAGUAACUACUCGCUGUCGGCUAGUGUUGCCUGCAGCAAGUUUUGCCAUGCCGUCGAGGACGUCUGGGACGUCCUGUGA